AGAGUAAGUGUAGGUGUAGGAACCCGCUCUGUUUCUGCGUCUCAAUCAGCUCUCCUUCAUCCAGCGCGGUCCUCUCUCUCUCUCUCUCUCUCUCUCUCUCUCUCUCUGAUCCUCAUCCAUCAGCUCUGCAGGAUCAUGAAUGGUGAUUAAUAAAGAACACCAGGUCCAGUGGGGAGAGUUUGGAGCCGUUAGUAGAGUGUGUGUGUGUACAUGACCCUGGCCCCAUGAUGAUGAUGAAAGGCCUUUCCAGCAGCCGCAGCCACCACCACAUGGUGGCCUGCGAGCCUUCGUAUGACCCUAUGGGUCACCACGGUGAUCGCAAGCCCUACCUCAUCAGCCAGAUCGAGGCUCCGCCUCCUCCUGAUCAUCCGUAUUACUCCUCACGGAGCUCAUACCAGCCGGACUGUGUGGUGCCUUACGGGACUUUCCCACGGCGCCACUACAGCACAAGCCAUGAGCCUAAGGAAGAGUGUGCUGUCGUGCCCUACACGGGUGGAAUGGGACCUGCAGGAAAAUGUCAACAAGUGCCAGUUAACCUGCUGGAACAUCUGGAUCGGCAGCUUCCGAUGGCGCGGGAUGGCUAUCACACGCUGCAGUAUAAACGGGCAGCAGCUGCAGCGGCUGCUUUAGAGCAGCGCAACGACAGUCCUGGGCGUAUCCGGCACUUGGUGCACUCGGUGCAGAAACUGUUUACCAAGUCACACUCGUUAGAAGGGCCUCACCACGGAGGACAUGGGCACGGACACAGUAAGAGCAGUAUGAACGGAAGCAAAGCUAGUCCUGAUGGAGAAAACACGCCAGCACCGACACCACGGCAGCGCAAGCGGAGCAAGAGCCGUGAGCGCUGCAAAUCGGCCGAGCCCAAGCAGCGGACGCCACCGUCGGGAUACUGGAGCUCAGAUGAGCUGGAGCGGGAUGUCUGCCCUCUGCGCCAUGCUGCACCGGGCAUCAUGACCGUAGGGCGUCACCCAGAGCGGGCGCAGUCUCAGUACUUCCUGGAGGCGUGCGGAGCAGAGCCGACGCUGAAGAACUCGCGCAGCAGCAGCGACGUGGCCAAGUGCACGACCUGCGCCAUCACGGCACCGGGCACGGACGUGACACAGCUGGCGAAGAAGAGUGCAUGGUCGUCCUCUCUCACGGUGAGCAGGGCGCGCCAGGUGUACCAGCAGGCUGCUGUAAAUCUAGAUAAGGCGCUAGUGAAAGCAGAAGCUUGUCAGCAGGAGCGCACUUGCCAAUUCUUGCAGGUGCCUCAGGACGAGUGGGGGGGUUUCCCCAUGGGGAAGGAAGAGGAUAUCCCGUGCAGGCGCAUGCGCAGCGGCAGUUACGUUAAAGCCAUGGCCGAGGACGAUAGCGGCGACUCAGAUGGAAGCCCAAAACCGUCGCCCAAGAUGCAGGCGAGACGAGCCAGCUACCUCAAAGCCACGCAGCCAUCACUCACCGAAAUGACCACGCUCAAUAUUUCCACAGAACAUUCUCCGAAGCUACAGAUCAGGAGUCACAGCUACCUGCGAGCCGUCAGCGAGGUUUCCAUCAACAGAAGUAUGGAGAGUCUGGAUCCUAAAGCUCUUCUCACCUCACCCCAAUACCGCUCACGAAACGAGAGUUACAUGAGGGCUAUGAGCACCAUUAGCCAGGUAAGCGAGGUGGAGGUGAACGGUCAGAUCGAGGCCGUGUGUGAAAGCGUCUUCAGUGAGAUGGAGUCUCAGGCGGUGGAUGCUCUGGACUUGCCGGUUCCCGGGUGUUUCCGGAUGCGGAGUCACAGCUAUGUGCGUGCCAUCGAUCAGGGCUGCUCACAGGAUGAGGACGGACCGUUACUGCCGGCGUCACCACCACGGACCACCACCACGGUCCGGACCAUUCAGAGCAGCACAGUGUCGUCGUGUAUCACCACCUACAAGAAGACGCCUCCACCGGUGCCUCCACGCUCCUCCACCAAACCUUUCAUCAGCAUCACGGCUCAGAGCAGCACCGAGUCGGCGCAGGACGCCUACAUGGAUGGCCCAGGUCAUCGCCAUGGCGACAUGGCCCUACACUCCGCCCUCAGUAACUCCACAGAGAGCAUCGACAGCAUGAAGGCUCUGACGGCCGCCAUCGAGGCGGCGAACGCUCAGGUGCACGGCCCCGCGAGUCAACACGUCAGCUCCAGCAGCAUCCUCGGCCCCGCCUCGCCCCUCCCAUUGCCCCUCCCAUUGCCCCUGCCUGUCCCCAUCCCCGUCCCGGUACAGGUCCCCGCACUGGAGGACACGCACAGAGAAGCUCUCCGCAAAGGCCGGUGUCUCUCCAUCGGCAUACAGGUGGAUGGACCUGAAGAUCAGGAGGCAGAGGACCAGUCGAAGUUUCAGUCAGUAGGAAUUCAAGUUGAGGACGAGAGAAGUCAUCGCCGGAUCAUGCGCUCUAACAGCGUGACGGCGGCGGUGCAGGCCGACCUGGACAUGCCCGAUUUCUCUCCGACCGAGGGUCCAGACGCCGACAUCACCUUCUCUCGGGACGCCACGGCGUCCACGGUGAGCAUCCAGGGCUCAGGGAACCACUACCACGCCUGCACCUCGGACGACUACGCCUCUGUGGGCUUCGACCCGUCCGUGCUGCCGCCUCCCGAGCCCUGGGUGGACAGCGGCAUUCCCGAAGACCCGCUCCAGAGCGCACGGAGCCGCUCGGUCUGUCAGCGUGACGGACGCUGGUUCCUCAAACUGCUGCAGGCCGAAGCCGAGCGCAUGGAGGGCUGGUGCAGGCAGAUGGAGCAGGAAGAGAGGCACAACGAUCUCCCAGACGACAUCCUGGGGAAGAUCCGCAGUGCAGUAGGCAGCGCUCAGCUUCUUAUGUCUCAGAAGUUCCAGCAGUUCAGAGAGCUGUGUGAGGAGAACCUGAACCCCAACGCUCACCCGCGGCCCGUGGCUCAGGAUCUGGCCGGCUUCUGGGACAUGCUGCAGCUGUCCAUUGAGAACAUCAGCCUGAAGUUCGACGAGCUCCACCAGCUCAAGGCCAACAACUGGAGACCCCUCGACCCACCUGAGAGAAAGGAGAGGAGGUUGCCUCCCCCUGUGCCAAAGAAACCGGUGAAGUGCCAUCCUCCGCUGGCGAGAGAUCGCUCUCUGGAGAGUUCAGAGAAACAGCGGCAGGAGGCUCGCAAGCGCUUAAUGGCCGCCAAGAGAGCUGCGUCCGUGCGGCAGAACUCAGCCACAGAGAGCGCAGACAGCAUCGAGAUCUACAUCCCUGAGGCCCAGACCAGACUCUAAACACCUACACACACUACAUACAUCACACACACACACUCACACACACACACUAUACUGCACUCGCGCACAUUACUACUGAAAGCACAAACACGCCAGCCUGGUCUGAUUCAGAGAGAGGAGCGCCAACACACACACACACUUUGCAUUAGUUAUCAUCUCAUCCAUAUUCUCUGUUCUAUUUCAUCUGUUAAAGAUAUUUAUAAUCUUCCAGUAAUAUACAUUUUCUGGAGAAAAAAAAACACAAGUUCCUCAGUUUCAGUAAUGUGGGCGUGGCCUCCUGCCGCUCGCUCCUCCUUAAUCCAUAUACUUAAUUUUUCAUUUUCUAACUCUUCACAGUUUUUCUUUUCAUAGUAAAAUUAUUUCCAGAAUCUACUUGAAGCCCCUUGUACACGGUUAAAUCCCAAACCGCCUUCUGUUUACUACACAUGUUCACUACAUAGGGUUUAACAUGUUAGUGUAGUGCACUUGAUACGCGAUCGAGUUUCAGCCGCAAAAAAGUUCAGUGUUAUCGUUAGAUGUAGGUUUAGCAACUGAAAGUAGAUCAUGGCUUAUGUAUUUUUUAUAAAUAUUCGAAAUAUUUAGAUAUUUUUCAUUCUAAUUAUAUUCUAAUUAUGUACACAAUAAAAUUCCAUAUUGAAUCUACCUUGUAUCAUAUGAAAUCGAAUCGACUCUGAAUCGACUCUGAAUCGAAUUCCAUAUUGAAUCACCUUGUAUCAUAUGAAAUCGAAUCGACUCUGAAUCAACUCUGAAUUGAAUCGUUAUAUCUUUUACAUGUUAAAACAUCAGAUCGUCGGUUACAUGAAACACUCCACACUACACUACACUUCACUAACAUACACACACACACGUGUCCCGGCGCCGAUCGGAUGGGCGGAGUGUUUGUAUAUAAUCUGUGAUAUACUGUUCCUCUACUGCUACCAGGGACACCACAGCAGGUCUCUGGGGUUUUUUAUUUAUUUAUUUAUUUAUUUUAAAUCUCUUUCCUCUCUGAUUUGUCUCUGAACUCUUCCUCGCCGUGUAAAAUAUCUCUCUUCAUCUCUCCAACGUCACUCCCAUCUCCUGCUGAAGCCUGGACCACUUCUAAACUUAUCUAAUCGAAUCUAGUGCCCUUGGAACCAUGGACACUCCUCAUCAUCCACGUCACGUUCACCUUCCUGCCCUGGAAGAGACAAUCCUGCUCAUCGUAGCCCGGCUCAAGUCACACGUGAGACAUCAGAUCGGAGGGCGAAGGUCAAGUGAUGACCUCAUCUACUGGAAACACAGCGUUGGUUUUUUUUCCCACAAAUGUGAAGGUGUUAAUGGAACGAUCUGGCCAAAGAGGUCUAAACUUUACCCCAAAUGUCGCUGGUUUCAGUGUCUGUGAGGCUGCUACGCUACUGAAGCUAACUUGUCACCAAGAAUAAAGAAAACAAACACUUAUUCAGCUUUCUAAGCUCCUCCUUCUAACUAUAAUUUAAGAGGUGUGUCCAGAAGGGCAGAAUGGGCCCCAAAGGGCUUUUUGAGGACCACACCCAAGUUACUGUGUUGAGCUAGCAAGCUACAAUGUGUUUCGAAACGAUAAGCUACUGCUGUGAGAACGUGUUAGCGUAACAGCAGCUGACUAUCAAGCUAGCUACAAUCAACUCUUAGGUGUGCUUAGUUCACCAACUCUAAUUAUUUACAUUUAGCUAACACAACACCGUGUCAUUUAUUUAAUAUCAAGCUUAUGCUAAUUAGCUUGUUUGAGCAGAGAGGAUAAAGAACAGGAUGUGGUCAAAAUGCAACUGAACAUUUUGAGCGAGGUCGACUGCUAGCCUGAUUAGCCUCAUGAGCCUGACUGACGACAUUAGCGGUCGGUUUAAUCUUUCAUCCAAUCGUUCCUUUUAACGCUUGAACUGAACAGACUUUAUCCGCCGUUCUCUUCAUCACGUGACUUUAUACUUCUAUAUUUCCAACUGCAUUUUUUUCCUUAAUUGUAAUGUUUGGGUGAACCGCAGCAGCAGGACAGGGUAUGUUAUGUUAAAAAGCAAUAUUUCCUUACCAAUCAGCGUUACACUGAUGAUGUAGAGGCCUACUGCGUGUAAAAGUCGGAUUAUUGCUAACGAAAGAAGAUGCCUUCACUAUUCUGUAGCCACUUCUGUUUCCUCUACUGUCGCUUGCUAUUGUAAACGCUUCUCAGUGACUCCGCCCCCUCUCCAGGAAGUGUGUUCUCUGUUUUAAAUCCUGUGACACGUUUAGAAACAUAUCGUUUAGUGCAUAUUAUACAGAUUUACUUCCUUUUUUAUGUAGAAUUCAGAUCUUUUAUGGAUAUAAGCCAAUAGCGGUGCUUAAGGUAGCUCCGCCCCCUAAAAAGAAUCUUUAUCAAGUGUUUAAAUGAGACGAAAAUUAUAAAACGCAAACUUUUCAUUGUCGUACAAGUUCAUCCUUCUUAUAGCCUACUACCGUGAUUUUUUUUUAAAUGUACACUGUAUUGUCGCCCAUUGGGGGAGUGGCUCUCGGUCAUGUGACUCAGUUUGUCCAAUCCUGCCAGAUGGGCCGGACUUAUCUCAGGACGAAACAUGGACGCAGUGGGCGCAGCAAAAUCAGGGUCUCCCAGUGGUCGUGUUCUGUGUUUGUCGAGUGUGUGUGAGUGUGAGUGUGAAAGGAUGCGUGAGGUGUGUGUGUGUGUGUGUGUGUUUUGCGUGUACGUCUCGAAAAGUGCUUCCUAACUUCGUUUCUGUUUCGGAUGAAGUCGAGUAGCCUCCUGAAUCUGUGCACACGACCCUUAUUUUAGUCCGUAGUGUUUGUACAGAAACUUUACGACGACACGCAUGCAGACCUGUUACCAUAGCAACACUGUAUAUCCUAUUUGUACUUUAAUUCUUGUAUUUAUUUAUUUACUUAUUUAUUUACCUUUAAAUGUAUUUAUUUCUGGUUGAUUUUCUUUUUGUACGGUUUGGGUUCAGUGAUCGGUCAUAUGCUCCCUUCAUUUUGUGAAUAUGUUGUACUGUAUGUAUAGACAUGAUGUGUGCAGACAGACGACAAACACAAUAAACUCUGCAAACUUUUA